UACUUCAGUUAACUUUAAAACUAAAUUUCUGUCAGAAUGUUAAAUCAAGCUUACCUAUAUUCAUAAAAACGUGUGUUGCUUAUGAUUGAUUGAAACAAUCGUUUUCAUAGCACUAGGCGAACAAAGUCACUUGGUUGUUCGGUAUUUGCGAUUAUUUUGUUUAAAAUAUCAGCUAGAGAGCCUACUUUGGAGAAUCAAAGCGCAAAAUAUCUUCCACAUCAUAUCACUUCUCUAAUGUAGGCUCUCUAAUCUGUACAAGUCAGCAAAUUUGCUUCGUAGUGAUUCGUUAGCACAAUCAGGCUUGUAUAUACAUUCUCGAAGUCAUUCGCAAUCUUUCGCUCUUCUAAGCAACACGUUUUCGUCAAAAUGAUAGUGUGUGAAGUUUGUCGCAAAUCGAUUGAUCCAUCCCAGAAGAAGGUGAAAUGCAGUGGUCCCUGUGGGAAAGCUUUCCACCUGCUAUGUGCCGAUCUGAACAAAACCUACGGAAGAGCUUUGGCCGCCAAGGUUGGACUGUACUGGUUUUGUACCGAAUGCCGAACGAUUCUCGACCAGAGGAACAAAUCGUCGAACCAAUCGGUCACGUUGACGGAUCUCUUUAAAAUGCUUGAAACUGUGAAUAAGAAAUUGAGCGAAAACAACUCUGGUGAGCCUUCAACAAAUUGUGUGACUGAUACGGUUUCUGCUUUGGAACUUUUGCCGGAGGAAAUCUGGCUUAAGGUAUUCCAAAGUUUAAAUGGAUGCCAACUGCGCCAAAUUCGAAUGACGUGCCGCAGCUGGAAUCAAAUCGUGGGCAGUUCCCCAUCCGUUAUGAAGAAAUUGGUGCUUCGUGUCUCAAAUGGCAUCGUACUUGAUCAAGAUUGUGAAGAAGCUGAGUUACUUUUAGCAUGCAACAGCCGCUAUUCACACAUCGUUUUGAACCAGAUAAGAAUCAUUCAAGUGGACACCUGGUGGCCGUUGAUAGCUGAAAAUCUGGAAAGUCUCUCCAUAUCGAAAAGUCAGAUUACGAUCAACACUUUGCUCACCAUGCUGGAACCGUUACGUAACCUAAAAAGUCUCACAUUUACAUGUGGACCCUUUGUCAAUGCUCGCAAUUGUCCAACAAGACUAAACUUCGAAUUGCCUUCGCUGGAAACGCUGAUUUUGGAGGAGGUUGACCAGAGCGAACUAUUGGAUGUUUUCAAGCAGCUUUGCCCUCGACUGAAAGUGUUGAAAAUUCCCACCGGAAGUUGUACUGAGACACAUCCUCAGAAAGUGGCCAAGCUAGUCGAUGCCGUCAAAGGAACACUGCAAGAAGUUGACUUUCCCAUGUCAACUCGUUUAUGGCAAAUGCUUAAUGCGAUCGAUGGAAUUCGUUUGCAAGGAAUAUCGCUCUCGAAGUGCAAUGAACAAUCUGCUAUGAAAGAGAGCCACUUAAUAAAUUUAAGUCAAAAAUAUUCCACCAUCAAGUCUUUGAGUCUGUCAUCGUCAGAAACGACCCUCGAAGCGAUUGGAAAAAACCUGACAGAUCUUGAACGAAUACGAAUUACUCUUCGUGGAAGAACGGAUUCUGUUUCUACAGCAUUUCUUCAUCAAAUGUUAAAUCUUAGUCACUUGGAAAUCAAUCGCGGUGAACGUUAUUACAGCAAUGCAAUCGACUUCAUCAACUGCAGAAAUAACAGCUUAAAAGUUCUACAUUUGGGAGACUUAAAUAUUAGUAAAAGCUUCUCAAAUGCUUUCCCCUACGUUAGCCACCUCAAUCUGUACGAUUGUAGAUGUCCAACCUGGUCGUACAUAUUUGAUUCUGCCAUGAAAUCACUCCAACACAUAACUCUAAAAUCUAUCAGAGUUGAGAAUGAAGCGGAAUGUCUAGCGGAACACUUCAAUAAUUUAAAAUUUCUAAGCAUUACUUCAUGUGAAAUCAGUAAAUCAACCUUAAUUGCACUGUUUUCUCUUUGCCCUAAUCUUUCAGAGCUUAAGUUACACUGUGUUGAUAAAGUUGAUGAUGAUAUUGUCUUAAAAAUAUGCAAAAAGCUUAGCAAACUGAAAAGCCUCUCUAUAACAGAUUGUUACAACACAACAAGUCGCUCCCGGGAGAGCAUAGAAAAGCUUCAAUCGCAAAUUGGUUUCUACCAUUUUUGCAAUAACGCCAUCAGGCCAAAAAGAGAAGAAUAUUUCUCAAAUUAUUAUGAUUCUGACUCUGAAUAUUCAGAUUAAGCUGACCUUGGAAAAAAAAACUAUGUUUAGUAAUAUCUGAAGUGUUUUGAAUGCAAAUCUAUUUUAGGAAAAAUAAAUAUCAAAAUUGAUCACUGAUA